AUGAAAAAUGUUACAAAAUUAAAUCCUCCUACAAUUCUGAUGUUUGAUAAACAAAAAUAUAAAGUAUUUCCUAAUACAUUUAAAGAUAUACUAUUACUGCAUAAAGAACUUGAAGAAUUACCUGCAUAUUCUUAUUAA